CUUGGCUCCAAAGACCGGUAUAAAGUGCCCAUAGCCUCGCAAGCUGCCAAUUUUUUCUUCUACUUUGUUUAAAUUUUCAGCAUCGGUGUCUACAAAUUCAAUUCGAUCCUGUUCAGGGAACAUAGCGUGAAUACCUCUUUUUUUCGUCCAUGGAUUCGUCUUCAUCUUAUACAUCGUCUCUGCACCUAGCCAUGGCGGCAUUAGUUGGGGCCUCACUGAUGGCCAUCUCCGCUUUCUACUGCCACAAGCGCAGCGUCGAUCAAGUCCUCCAGCGUAUCAUCGAGAUCCGCCGCAAGCCCCCUCGCAGUGCUGGUGACCACUGUGUAGAAGACUAUAACGAGGCAGAAGAAGAAGAGGAGAAGGAGGAGGAAGCAGAAGCAGAAGAAGCGCGAGACGAUGACGGCGGUUACGGUUCGGACGGAGAGAUGGAGGUUGAUCGGAAAUUUUGGUCCCGGAGUCUGUCGAGGUCACUGGACGAGAACAUGCUUCGCUGUUAUAGAAUUUCAUCCUCCAUGCCCAAUGUGGCUUCGAGAAAUGAUUGGCUGCAUGAGGACUCCAAGUUUGAUCAGCCACUUCCAGGACUUAGGGCUCGAGGUAUUGCUUCCUCGUUGGACAAACUCGAUUUGAUUUCGACGGGGCUUCCACCUCUUCGAAUGGUUCAAGGAGACGGAGAGGAUCGGUUUGUUAAACAUUCUGGUAUUGAUACAAGGAUAGCAUCUGUUGGUAGGCGAGUAACUCCAAGAUCCCCUGGUGGAAAUGCUUAUGAUAAUUUCGAAGAUUCUGAUGAGGAAGGAACUGAGCUUGCAUAUGAAGACGACAUGCUUUGCAACUCUGGAUAUAUUGAUUCUGGAACUGAACUCACAAAUGCACAAGAUGCAAAUUCAAACAACCCAAACAUGGGCACUGUUCCAAUGAUGGGUGAGGGCGAGAACUGUCUGCAAGAUAGGGUGUGCAGGGUAACUGUAAGUGAAGCAAAAGCUAGUGUAGAUCUGCAUGGCCAUGGAAAGGUGGAUACAGCUUCAGAGUACAGAGUGGGAAAUGAUCGUAAUUUCGCCAACACUAAUUUACCUCUGAGAACAACAGUCCAUGAGUCAAAAAACAAAGUAGAGGAGGAAGAAGUAUGGACAACAAUACGUGAAUGUUUAGAUUUGCGUAAAAGUUAUGUAUAUCUUGAAAUAGUUGAACCAUGGAAAAAGGAAGCUGCAGUGGAAUCUAGUGCAUCAGUGAUGAACAGGGAUCCGUUUCACUUUGAACCUGCUGAAGCAACAGCUCACCAUUUCAAAAUGGAAGAUGGAGUUUUGCAUGUUUAUGCAAAUGAAAAUGAUACUGUGGAUCUCUUCCCCGUUGCUAGUUCAACACAAUUUUUCACUGAUAUGCAUCACAUCCUGAAAGUUAUGUCUCUUGGAAAUGUUAGAUCUGUAUGCCAUCAUAGACUACGAUUUCUUGAGGAGAAAUUCCGACUUCAUCUGUUAGUAAAUGCAGAUAGGGAGUUUCUGGCUCAAAAGAGUGCACCACACCGUGACUUUUACAAUAUCAGAAAAGUUGAUACACAUGUGCAUCAUUCUGCAUGCAUGAACCAGAAGCAUCUCCUUCGCUUCAUCAAGUCAAAACUUAAAGAGGAACCUGAUGAGGUCGUCAUAUUCAGAGAUGGAAAAUAUAUGACCCUUAAAGAAGUUUUUGAGAGUUUGGACUUGACAGGGCAUGAUCUUAAUGUUGAUUUGUUGGAUGUCCAUGCUGAUAAAAGUACCUUCCAUCGAUUUGACAAAUUCAAUCUUAAGUAUAAUCCUUGUGGACAGAGCAGACUCAGAGAGAUAUUCUUAAAACAGGAAAACCUUAUCCAAGGUCGGUUUUUGGCAGAAGUAACGAAGGAAGUUUUAGCAGAUCUUGAAGCAAGCAGAUACCAGAUGGCAGAGUACAGGAUUUCCAUUUAUGGACGGAAACAAAGUGAAUGGGAUCAGCUGGCCAGUUGGUUUGUUAACAAUGAAAUUUAUAGUGAGAAUGCAGUAUGGUUAAUCCAGCUACCACGGCUCUAUAACGUGUACAAGAAAAUGGGAAUUGUUACCUCUUUUCAGAAUAUUUUAGAUAACGUGUUUAUUCCACUAUUUGAAGUCACGGUGGACCCAAGUUCUCAUACUCAAUUACAUUUGUUCCUGAUGCAGGUGGUGGGCUUUGAUAUUGUGGAUGAUGAAAGUAAACCAGAAAGGCGUCCGACUAAGCACAUGCAAACACCAGCUGAAUGGACCAAUGAGUUCAAUCCUGCAUAUUCGUAUUAUGCUUAUUAUUGCUAUGCAAACUUGUAUAUUCUCAACAAGCUUCGUGAAUCAAAAGGAAUGCCAACAAUAAAAUUUCGGCCCCACUGUGGAGAGGCGGGUGAUAUCGACCAUUUGGCUGCCACAUUUCUUCUGUGCCAUAAUAUUUCUCAUGGGAUUCAUCUACGGAAAUCUCCAGUUUUACAGUAUUUGUAUUACCUUGCACAGAUUGGACUGGCUAUGUCACCUUUGAGCAAUAACUCCCUUUUCCUGGAUUAUCAUCGCAAUCCUUUGCCCAUGUUCUUCCAGCGUGGCCUAAAUGUCUCACUCUCAACUGAUGACCCUUUGCAAAUCCAUUUAACAAAAGAACCACUUGUGGAAGAAUAUAGUGUUGCUGCGAAGGUCUGGAAGCUCAGUGCUUGUGACCUCUGUGAGAUAGCUAGAAAUUCUGUCUAUCAAUCUGGGUUUUCACAUGUCACAAAGUUGCACUGGCUUGGUGAUGGAUAUUUAAUGAGAGGCCCUGAAGGAAAUGAUAUUCAUAAAACAAACGUACCCAACAUAAGGAUUGCAUUUCGUCAUGAGACAUGGAAGGAAGAGAUGCAGUGUGUCUAUUCAGGAAAAGCCAGGUUUCCUGAAGAAGUCGAGUGAUGAAGCAAUCGAUGCGGAAUAUGAAACGCUGUAUUAAGUUCGGCUUGAUGCCAAUUUUAUGCAUGGCUUAUGUCUACUAAGUACUAUUGUCACAUUACCCGGGGCCAUCUUCUAGUUCUCUGCUUCAUUCAGUGUUAGAGUUUGUAAAGAGUGGCAGUUUCAAGAGGAAAUAUUGUUUCAGCUUUGAGGGAGGACCCCUUUUUUGUUUAAAAGAAAAUAUUAGUGGUCUCGCCGUGCAAAAACGUGCUUGGCCAAUUUUGUUCUGGUGAAGUGGGUAUUAUGAUUUGAAUUGCAAUCCUUGUUACUUUGUUCUAGGGCAUGAUCUUCAGAAACUGAAUUCCUUUUGGAGCA